CAGCAUGUUUCUCGCACAAGCUUUACAGCUCGAUUAGUGGGAACCAAUCAGACGGCCAGUCUUCUGUGAUUGACGUGACCUCAGCCAAUCAGAGGCCUUGUUUUGACCAGCUGGGUAGUACCGGGUUACUUCUCUUAAACUUCGGCGGCUUCAGAGACGAAGAGGACUCUCUAAAAUGCCUCAGACCAGCAAGUCGAUGAGUGGUGCUGGUGCUGCCAGUCCAGCAUCUGCGCCAGACCAAGGUGAGCCUCCGCCCCCAGAGGGCGCCAGGGCUCAGGUGGCUGCUGGAGACGGGGAGGAGGGAGCCACUGUAGACGACCAGGGAGACCCAGAGAUUGUCAAAUCACCCAGUGACCCAAAGAGAUACAGAUACAUUGAGCUGAGCAACGGCCUCCGAGCACUCCUCAUUUCCGACUUCAGUGGGGCCGACAGGGAGGGAGGUGACGGAGAGUCGGCAGAGCAGGAGGAAGAGCAGGAAGAGGAGGAGGGUGGGGAAGAAGAUGAAGGGGACUCAGGUGAGGGCUCAGAGGAGGAAGAAGGGGACAGAGCAGAGGAAGAGCAGGACAGCGACUUUGAAGAGCUGGAAGAGGAGAACCCAGUGAAGAAGAAGAAGAGCUCUGAGAAGCAGGCUGCAGCAGCUCUGUGCAUCGGCGUGGGGAGUUUCAGUGACCCUGAUGAGCUGCCAGGCCUCGCACACUUCCUGGAGCACAUGGUGUUCAUGGGCAGUGAGAAAUACCCGGCGGAGAAUGGCUUCGACGCCUUCCUGAAGAAGCACGGCGGCAGUGACAACGCCUCCACAGACUGCGAGCGGACCAUCUUCCAGUUCGAUGUGCAGAGGAAGCACUUCAGAGACGCACUCGACAGGUGGGCUCAGUUCUUCAUCUGUCCUCUGAUGAUCGAGGACGCCGUCGACAGAGAGGUCGAGGCCGUCGACAGCGAGUUUCAGCUGGCAAGGCCGUCCGACUCCCACCGGAAGGAGAUGCUGUUUGGGAGUCUGGCUAAACCGGGACACCCGAUGAGCAAGUUCUGCUGGGGUAACGCUCAGACAUUAAAGCACGAGCCCCGAGAGAAGCAGAUCAACACCUACGAGCGGCUCAGGGACUUCUGGAGGAGAUAUUACUCAGCUCAGUACAUGACGCUCACUGUUCAGUCCAAAGAGACUCUGGACACGCUGGAGGAGUGGGUGAGGGAGAUCUUCAUCAGGGUGCCCAACAACGGUGAACCUCGACCUGACUUCUCUCACCUGCAGCAGCCAUUUGACACGCCGGCCUUUAACAAACUCUACAGAGUGGUGCCUGUGAGGAAGGUUCACGCUCUGACCAUCAGCUGGGCCGUCCCGCCGCAGGGGAAGCAUUACAGAGUGAAGCCUCUUCAUUACAUCUCCUGGCUCAUCGGACACGAGGGGACCGGCAGCAUCCUGUCACUGCUCAGGAAGAAAUGCUGGGCUCUGGCUCUGUUUGGAGGAAACAGUGAGACCGGCUUUGACCAGAACACCACCUACUCCAUCUUCUCCAUCUCCAUCACUCUCACUGAUCAGGGCUACCAGAACUUCUACCAGGUCGUCCACUUUGUGUUCCAGUAUCUGAAGAUGCUGCAGACUCUGGGCCCCCAGCAGAGGAUCUAUGAGGAAAUUCAGAAGAUCGAAGCCAACGAGUUCCACUACCAGGAACAGACGGAUCCCAUCGAGUUUGUGGAGAACAUCUGCGAGAACAUGCAGCUGUUUCCCAAACAGGACUUCCUGACCGGAGACCAGCUCAUGUUCGAGUACGACCCCCAGGUCAUCAACGCUGCUCUGUCCCUGCUGACACCCGACAGAGCGAACCUGCUGCUGCUGUCGCCGGAAAACGAAGGCUGCUGCCUCCUCAAAGAGAAAUGGUUCAGUACCUGCUACAGCGUGGAGGAUAUCCCAGAGGAGUGGGCGGAGCGCUGGGCCGGAGACUUCGAACUCAACCCUGAACUCCAUCUGCCUGCUGAGAACAAAUUCAUCGCAACGGAUUUCACCUUGAAAACGUUGGACUGUCCGGACACCGAGUAUCCUGUGAGGAUUGUGAACAGCGAGCGGGGCUGUCUCUGGUACAAGAAGGACAACAAGUUCAAGAUCCCCAAAGCCUACAUUCGCUUCCACCUGAUCUCCCCGAUGAUCCAGAAGAGCCCAGAGAAUCUGGUUCUCUUCGACCUCUUUGUGAACAUCCUGGCUCAUAACCUGGCAGAGCCGGCCUACGAGGCCGACGUGGCUCAGCUGGAGUACAAACUGGUGGCCGGAGAGCACGGACUGAUGAUCCGGCUGAAAGGCUUCAACCACAAACUGCCUCUGCUGCUGCAGCUGAUCGUGGAUCAGCUGGCAGACUUCAGCACCGAGCCGAGCGUCUUCACCAUGUUCUCAGAGCAGCUGAAGAAGACCUACUUCAACAUCCUCAUCAAGCCGGACAGGCUGGGCAAAGACAUCCGUCUGCUGAUCCUCGAGCACUGCCGCUGGUCCGUCAUCCAGAAAUAUCGCGCAGUCUCAAAAGGUCUCACUGUCGACGACCUCAUGACCUUCGUCAGAGGGCUGAAGGCGGAGCUUUAUGCUGAGGGGCUGGUGCAGGGAAACUUCACUAGUGCGGAGUCCAAAGAGUUUCUGCGCUACUUCACUGAGAAGCUGCAGUUCCAGCCAUUGCCUGCAGAGGUCCCCGUGCUGUUUCGUGUGGUGGAGCUGCCGCUGAAACAUCAUGUCUGCAAAGUGAAAUCUCUCAACAAAGGAGAUGCCAACUCUGAGGUCACCGUCUACUACCAGUCCGGGCUGAAGAAGCUCAGAGAGCACGCUCUCAUGGAGCUGAUGGUGAUGCACAUGGAGGAGCCCUGCUUCGACUUCCUGAGGACGAAGGAGACGCUGGGGUACCAGGUGUACCCCACCUGCAGGAACACGUCGGGUGUGCUUGGAUUCUCCGUUACCGUGGAAACUCAAGCCACAAAAUUCAGCUCCGAGUUAGUCGAGGCAAAGAUCGAGGAAUUCCUGGUGAGUUUCGGUGAGCGUCUGUCGGGUAUGAAUGACGAGGCCUUUGGGACUCAGGUGACGGCGCUCAUCAAGCUGAAGGAGUGCGAGGACGCACACCUGGGGGAGGAGGUGGACCGCAACUGGUUCGAGGUGGUCACGCAGCAGUAUGUCUUCGACCGGCUCAACAAGGAGAUCGAGGUUCUGAAGACGUUCACCCAACAGGAGCUGGUCUCCUGGUUCCUGGAGCACAGAAACAACAGCAGCAGGAAGCUCAGCGUGCAUGUGGUCGGCUUUGGCGUGGAGGAAGGUGAUCAGAGCGCCGCCUGCAGCCCAGAUUCUGCUACCUCGUCCUCAGCCUAUGGUGAAGUGAGCGAGCUGACAUUUGUGCCGACCUCGUCGCCAUCUCUUCAGGACGCCACGCUCAUCACCGACAUCAGAGCUUUCACCUCCUCCCUCCCCCUCCACCCCUACCACAAAAUCAUCAACUAGGCUCCGCCCCCUAUAAAUGAAACACCUACGGAUUGGUCAUGUUUCUGCUGUGCCCUCUUCUUUCUGUGAUUGGUUACAACAGUGCUGCAUUCACUGCCUGUGGGAACCGAGAUGCUCUGAGAAUCAGAUUUCAGGUCAGUUUUGGACAAAGAGUCCAGAAAAACUACAAUCAUGGCACCUUCACGGGUCCGAAGAAGUUCUUCUCCUUGUAGCGUUUAACUGUGAAACAAUGAUUUUUCCCACAAGACAUGAAUGCGGCGUGAUGACUCAGGGCUGUGGUAUCAAUAAAGUCAUUUACUUGUAAACACACACAUGUUCUUCCUGUCACGCUCACUCCAUGCUUCAGUUUCCUUCAAUAAUAAAAACAUUUUUAACUAUU